AUGCGGCGUAAACGAGGAGUAACUCAAUUGCUAACAACGUUACUCGUAUUUCUGGGAUUCCUAGGAAUCACGAGGGUCUCGACCGAAACUACGUCUGACGUUCAAUCGGUUCCUAAAUCAUCUCUUUCUGAUCGUCAGCACAACGAGUUGCAUCGAGAAGAAGAUGACGCGAUCGUUGUCGAAGCUGAUCCUUCAUCUCUGUCGAGAGAUGGUCGAAGCAUCCUUUGGAGUGGAUCCGCGGAACGUGGUAGCUGUCUUACGUCUAAAGGUGAAAUUGGACGGUGCACUACAUUCAAGGAAUGUUAUCCCUAUUUCAAAAUACCUGAUCUUGGUGCUCUCGAUGGUUGGGUUCUUGGAGUUUACGAUACCUGCAGUUUCAUUCUUGAGGACGGCCGUACAAGUUUCGGAAUUUGUUGCUCCAACUUGAAUUCUAACGCUGUUUCCGGCGGGGACAACUGCGACGGUCAAAACGAGGAAACUCCACAGAUAGAAGAUGUUAAAGUCAAGGAAGACGGAACGGGAGCGGUAGCAAGACCAAAACCGAUACCAACAGCCAGUUGGCCACCACCAUUACCAACUCAUUCACCGGAUAACACAAUCCCACCUUUGCCCACUCAUCCUCCGCCUCCCGGAUUGAUUUCAUCGUCCACUUUGAAUCCCUCUACAACGAGUUCAAAGAAACCUGGUGUGCCGACGACGUGGCCAACGAAAAAACCGACUUGGUGGCCAGGUGCUCCAACAAUUUCGACAACGAACAAACCAAGCUCGACGACUUUCUCGCCGAUAGACUUAUCUCAAUGCGGAGCAAAGAAUGGUAAUCAAGAUCAAGAACGCAUUCUCGGUGGUAAGGAUGCUGAUCCUGGUGAAUGGCCAUGGAUCGCUGCCCUCUUUAAUGCUGGACGUCAAUUCUGCGGCGGGUCUUUGGUCGAUGAAAAACACGUACUCACAGCUGCUCAUUGUGUUGUUAACAUGAACUCUUGGGAUGUAGCGAGAUUAACGGUUCAUCUUGGAGAUUACAAUAUUAAGACGAACAGCGAGAUACGUCACGUUGAAAGACGCGUUAAACGAGUAGUAAGACACAGAAACUUUAACUCGCGUACUCUUUACAACGACGUAGCCAUUCUUACGAUGAGCGAGCCGGUCGAAUUUACGGAACAAAUUCGACCCAUUUGCUUGCCAAGUGGCUCGAAGCUUUAUACUGGAAUGACCGCAACUGUCAUCGGUUGGGGCUCCUUGAGAGAAAGUGGUCCACAACCAGCAGUACUUCAAGAAGUUUCAAUUCCAGUUUGGUCGAAUAAAGAUUGCAAAUUUAAAUACGGUUCUGCAGCACCCGGUGGUAUUGUCGACAGUUUCUUGUGCGCCGGAAAAGCCGCUAGGGACUCCUGUUCGGGUGACAGUGGUGGUCCUUUAAUGGUCAAUGACGGUCGUUGGACUCAAAUAGGUAUCGUUAGUUGGGGAAUCGGUUGUGGAAAAGGACAGUAUCCCGGCGUUUAUACAAGAAUAACGCAUUUUCUACCUUGGAUCUACAAGAAUCUUAAAUAAGUCACUGAUUUUCUAUUUCUAUUUCUCUCUCUCUCUCUCUCUCUCUCUCUCUC